AUGUCUAAACUUCUCAUCGAAGAAGGUGCUGAUCUUACUUUAUGUGAUAACAAUAAUUCAACGGCACUUCACUAUGCCAUUAACAAAGAACUUGAAGAGAUUGCCGUUUUGCUCAUUGAUAAAAUGAAGGAUAUCAACGUAAAGGAUGAUGAUCAGAUGUCACCACUUCACAUUACAACUGUACAAGGCAAUAAAAAUCUUAUCAAAAAGUUAGUAUAUAAAAAUGCCAAUCUUACCGCAUUAAACGAUGAAGGAUUGAAUCCAAUUCAGAUUGCAGCACUUUAUGGCAACCUUAAAAUGGUAAAGUGGUUAAUCACAGAAAAAGGUUUAGAUGUUAAUGCAAGAAAUAGUUUCGGAAAUUCGCCGUUGCAUUUAGCUGUUCGUGGUGGUCAUAAUGAAGUUGUCAUAUAUCUACUCGAAAACGAAGCCAACAUAAAUCAGACAAAUAAUGAUGAUUUUAAUCCUGCACAUUUUACUGCACAAGGAGGUAAUCUGGAUUUUUUCAAAUUUGCGCUUGAAAAGGAUAUUAGCCAGAUAAACUAUGUGGAUAAGAAUGGUAAAACUGCUCUGCAUUUGGCUGCUGAGAAAGGCCGAGAAUAUAUUGUCAAUGACUUGAUCGAAAGAGCCACCAUUGAGAUAAAUUUAAAAGAUAGUUACAAUAGUAGACCCCUUGAUCUAGCUGUUUUGAACGAUAAAUUGAGAAUCGCCGAAGUGCUAUUGGAAAAAAUUGUUGCGGGUAAUUCACACACAUAUUCGGGACACAAAAAUUACUUAUUUGAUGUGGCCGCUAAACAAGGAUUCGAAGAUAUUGUUAAAACUUUAACAAAAAACAUCGAUAAGAAAAAAGAAUGGAAGAAAUUAUGGAAAGAAAAAGAGUGGACGCCGUAA